GCUUAGAAGAAUUUCAUUUAUCUCAUCCUUCCCCUUAUUUUAUGUGUGCUUCCCACUAUAGCGUAGGAGUUAUUUAAAAAUCUAUUGUGAUGCUAAACCAUUGUACUUUUUUUUUGCACAAAAAACACACACUUUAUUACCAAAACAACCGUCUAGAUAGGUUACAUCAGAUGUAACUUCCAACUACAAACACUCAUUACAUACUACAACACAUUUAUAUAUUCUAAGUAGUUUCUUAUAUAAGCUAUAGCUUGUUGAGUAGGCAUCCCAGUAUCUCCUCUUUGCUGGUGCAUUUUGGCAUUCCUCCACCUCCAGAUUUGAUAAACACAAGUAGCCCAUACAGCAAUCCACUUUUUCCUUUGUUUCCCUCCUGGUAUCUUAUGCACUGCCCCCCCAAAACCUUCAACAGAUCCCUCAUAGCUUUGCAUAUUGAAGUCCUUCAUCACUAAAGCAGCCAAAGAUUUAGAUUCCUCACAUUGCCAGAAAAGGUGCUCUGCCGUUUCUGUCUCUCUACCACAUAGUUCACAGUUCGUGUUAAUAUUCAUAUACUUUUUAACCCUAUCCUUCAUUUUCAAUCUGCCCUUCCACAGCAACCAUACUAUGAAUCUACCUUAUACCAUAAGUAGAGGGUAUGAAACUCUUUUUGUUUUGAUCAUUCUUUUAUUUACUAUAAUCAAUCAUCCUUUUUUUAUUUUGAAUUUUACUUUUGUUUUAAAAAACGUAGACUGUGUUCUAUGCUUGAAAUCUUAGUCGACCACAAAUAGAAGACGCAUCAGAAGAUGAAUGUAUUUGUGCUUCCGUGCAGUUUGGUAUUCUUAUAUUGCACUUAGCAAUACAUCAUACUUAAGCACAAGUCAUCACCCAAAAGACUGAAUGCAAAUCAAACAUGCUAGCUAGCAAUAGGAUUUGUUUUAAAUACACCUAUGCAUCUUGCAUUAAUGUACUACACAGCAGCAUGUGUAAACAUGCACUAUAUAUAAUACACACUUUAAGUCUUUGCUUUUCUUAGCUCUUUUCUACAAACAUGCAUUAUAUGCAAUACAGAGUUUGUCAAUAUAUACUUUAUGCCUCUUUUCAUCCAAAGGAUCUGUAUCAUGCCCAAUACAGUUUUUUUAAUAUAGUCUCUAUUAAAAUGGCUUUUUCCGUUGAAAUGGAGUCUCCUCACAGUUUCAAACCCAUCGGCUUUGAUUCUUCUUCCGCCUUCAGGUGAAUUUUUUCUUCUUCACACCCACAAGAUUUUGUCGAUGAUGACAGGAACUGUUUUAUUGGGUGGAGCAUUUUUUUUCUGGUUUUCUUAAUUUUGUGAGCUUCUAAGCAUAUACUGCAGAGGUACUUCUAAACGAAGCUUGACGAAUUUGAAUUCAAAAUAGUGUUGGGUAUUUUUGCUUGCUUUUGCCCUCUUUGAGUUAGAUACUCAAGAGUUUGAGAGUACUAUAAAAGCCAAUCCAACUUUUGUUUUGUCUUAUCAAUUAAAAGGAACCUUAGGCAGGGAUCAGUUUAUCAGCUUUCUCUGUUAACUUGCAGGUUAGAGAUGCCAACGCAGCUGGGAUUCUCUUUGGAUACCCCCACGGGUAUCCAGAAAUGGAGGCAUCCGUUGAGAGCUUUAUUGAGGUUCUGAAUAAUCACAAAGAUUUUGAUGACUUGUUCUUUUGUACCUUCGACGAAGCGGCUUCGACGUCUAAAGCCGAAAGCAAGAUACAGAAUUUAGCCAAGAAGGGCCAAGAUGUGGAGGUUCAAGAUGGUGAAGAAGACCCUUCCACCCAUACGGAGAAGAAGAACAUGCUUUCGUCCUAUUUCUUUGGAAGGGAAUUUGCGGAAGAGGGGAGGAAAGCAUACAGGGGGAGGAAAGCAUAAAGAGGGUUGUAUGAUAAGAGGUCUUUGUUCAGUGAUUGUGGUGUGAACUCCUCUAAGGAUGCUUGCACUGCAAUGACCAGGUCUUGCACUGUCUUAGGAGAUUCUUGUUCCUUGAUUAAGUCUAAGGCCCUAACCAGCCCCAAUCUAAUACAUUGAGUUCUGGACU